GACCAGCGGAACGACAGCAACAACAAGUGAAGACAAUGGCAGGUCUAGGACGUUUCUUCCUGUUCGGCGUGGCGUUGGUGGUGGCCAUUGUGGCUCUGGCCUGGCCGCAGAUCGAGCAGCAGCUUGUUGCUAGCGGCUACAGCUGCCCGUACCCCUUCUCUAUCCUCAUCACUGGCAAAGGCGCUGAGAAGGAGGCGGCGGCCGAGGCCGAGGGACUGCCCAAGUACACGCUGGACCAGCUGCGCAUGUACGAUGGCUCGGACGAGGAGAAGCCCAUCUUGGUGGCGGUCGGUGGCAAGGUGCUGGACGUGACAUCGGGCGCCAAGUUUUACGCCAAGGGCAAAUCCUACAACCAGUUUGCCGGAACGGCCUGCACGCGCGCGCUGGCACUCGGAUCGCUCAAGAAGGAGGACAUCAGCGACGACGUCUCGGACUUCAACGACAAGAAAAAGAAGGAACUCGAAGAAACUAAGGAGUUCUACUACGAAAAGUACCCUAUCGUCGGAGAGCUGGCUUAGGACUGCAGCUGCAUCGUUUGGUAGAAUUUGUGAUUGUGCCCGGCUCAUUUCGUCGGCAGCGCCAGUUCAAUACAAUGUACAUGUGAUCAA